UAUUGAAUAUAUUUCCUCUACAAAAUGAGUCAAAACAAAGAUUCUAUAGCUCAAGAUCUUGAGGAGUUAAGGAAAUACAAAAUCAACAGCAUUAGCCAACGAAAGCUCCCUUCUGUGGAGAAGCCCAGGGAUAAACAAAUGGCAGUUGAACUUGAAGAAGAAGUUAUAAAUUUAGAAAGCUCUCUUAAAAGAAUCUCUUCCUCAUACGCCUUGUUUUGUAAAUAAAGAGAAGAAGGAAUCAAAGCUCAGACUUAAUCCACCAGCUGGGGCAUCUCUUGCAGCUCAUUUCCAAAAGUAGGUUUAUUUAUAGCGGUUGGGUGCCAAGAUGGGUCUAAAGAUGUUUCAGAGAUUUUUG